GAAAGAACGAUGAGAGAGAUCAUUAUUUUGACGUGCGAGUUAGAAAGUGUGGUUAUGUUUUAUUGUUGACAACAGCAACUAUACGGGAAAAUCAACAUUUAAAUAAGAAAAAAUAUUAAUUAACAAACUGCAAAGAGAAGAAGUGACGAAGAUAGUUGCAAACUGCACAUGCGCGUUAUUUUUGAAAAGUCAUUACUACUCAGUGAACCAAGGCAGAAAUCUGGCACCAGUUUGACUAGGGGAUACGCUGGAGAGCAGUCUCCUUAUUAUUACUCCGUGGUUUAAUACAUUUCCCUCAGUUCAACUCGCGACCACUUCCGAGAAUUGGCGCCACCUCCUUGACCACUGACACAUAGAUCCACUUGUCUGUGUGCUCGCCGCCAUAUUGUCUCUCACUUUCGCCAAAAAUCCAACUUUUGAGUGAGAUGACACGCGGGAAAACACUUUUUGGGCUCGAUUUUUCCCGGAUGCCCUUAAAGGCCUUUCUCCAAUAGGUUCCCAAAACUCUGCGUCUGCGUCGGUUGCUAUAGCAACACAUGCUAAAAUCAACGCAACGCAAUCAUUCGCAGACAAACGCAGAGUUUUUGGAUCCUAUUGGAGAAAGGCCUUAAUAAGGAAAGAAGAAGAAGAAAACGUCUGCUGAAGUGUUGUUUUGCCGCAUGGACCAUCGCUGUUGUUUUGAAAAAAUAUAUUUGUCAUUGAACGAAGAAGAAUAUUGAUAGUUCACCAAUGCUAUAAAAAGUGCUUUGUGUCGUGAUUUAUCAACCUGAAACCCGUAAACUGGCUGUGAAGUGGGACUGCACAGGAAUUGAGAGAAAUUCAAAUAACUGAAGCAAAAAUGUGCAACAAUACGCUUUUAACGACAGAAUCAAUUUCCUGGAAAUCUUUAUUGAUGGAAUCGGAACAAACUGUUCCCAAUGAAAUUAAAAUACAAUUAAUACCGAUGAUUGAAUAUUUCAGUAAAUAUAGUGAAAAAAACAAGAAUGGCUCUAAUGAGUUUAUUAAAAAUAUGGAACUGCGAUUAGAGGCUUGUUUGAAUCGAAUUUGGGAGACACUACAUUCUGGUCACUGGAAAGAUGUCCCAAUUCAAUAUAGAUAUUCAUAUUCCAUUUGCAGUAUUCUUAAGACAAUUUGUUUGGAACUCGAAAACAAUAUCGAAACAGAUUUGCCAAUAGUUUUAACGAUGAUAAAGCAAAUUGACAAAGGAAUUUUAUUAGGAGCGCCUCUUCAGAGUUCUCCUGAAUUGCUGACAACAAUUGCCUCACAAUUAAACGGUCAUUUCAUAAAAAUUUCGUUUAAAAAGGAACUCAGCAACAGGAUUAAUAUUAAUGACAUAGACAUGUGCUCUCCACCGUUUCCUGAAUUUCGAUCUGUGCCUUGUUAUGAACAACCAUCAAUGGAAUCAUUCUAUAGAGAUAUUUUUCAACCGAAAGUUCCUGCAAUAGUAAAAGGUUGUAUAAAGCAUUGGGAGUCUUUGGAAAAGUGGAAGGACAUAGAAUAUCUUAAAAGAGUAGCUGGAACUCGAACUGUACCAAUUGAAAUUGGCUCCAAAUAUACGGAAGACGAUUGGGCACAACAGCUUAUUACAUUUUCCGAAUAUCUUGAAACUUAUAUUUCUUCCAAGUCUACAAAAAUUGGAUAUUUAGCUCAGCAUCAAUUAUUUCAGCAGAUACCAGAAUUACAAAACGAUUUUUCAGUACCGGAUUUUUGUUCUUUUUCCGAUACAGAAGAUGAAAGUUCGACAGACAUUAAUGCUUGGUUCGGUCCAGCAGGAACUGUUUCUCCUUUACAUUACGAUCCAAAGAAUAAUUUAUUAUGUCAGGUGUUUGGAUAUAAACGAAUAGUUCUCUAUAAACCAGAGGACAGUGAAUGUCUCUACCCUUACGAAACAAGAUUACUCUGUAAUACAGCGCAAGUGGAUCCUUAUCAACCGGACUACGAAAAAUGGCCUAAAUUUAAGUCAGCGGAAGCUUUCUUCUGUUACUUGAAACCAGGAGAAAUGUUAUUUAUUCCACCCAAAUGGUGGCACCAUGUAGUUAGUCUUUCUCCUAGUUUUUCCAUCAGUUUCUGGUGGAAUUAA